AUGGAUGUUGAACUCUAUGUUUAUGACCUUUCUAAAGGUCUUGCGCGCAUGUACUCUGCUCCCUUGACAGGGACUCAGAUUGAUGCUAUCUAUCACACCGCCAUCGUGGUCGGUGGCAUGGAAUAUUACUUCGGCCAGGGAAUCCAAACAGCCCUCCCUGGUUCCACUCACCAUGGACAGCCGAUCGAGAAGGUACACCUGGGGACAACAGAGCUUCCCACCGACGUGAUAGAAGAGUAUGUCAGCUCGUUGGCUGAUAUUUACACGCCAGAGUCAUAUGAUCUGUUUCUGCACAACUGCAACAACUUCAGUCAAGAUUUUUCCAUGUUCCUCGUGGGCAAGAGCAUUCCGGAUAAGAUCAUAAACUUGCCGCGUACAUUCCUGGAUACCCCAUUUGGACAAAUGAUGAAGCCUCAAAUUGAGGCUGCUUUGAAAGGGGUUACCCAGGGAGCCGAACCGAGUCCCUUUGGAGGGCCGAGUGCUGCUCCAUCAGCACCAAGAGCUCCACCUGUACCUGCGGCCUCUUUGGCAUUAGGUACAGUGAGAAAUGUCAGCAACUUGAGCCAGCUCGAAGGUGAGCUGGCCGCGGCAUCAAAUUCAUGUGCGGUCAUUUUCUUCACCUCGUCGACUUGUCCACCUUGCAAGGUUGUAUACCCUACAUAUGACGAACUUGCAGCCGAGGCCGGUGACAAAGCUAGACUCAUCAAAGUCGAUAUCGGCUCUGCCUAUGAUGUGAGCAUGAAAUAUGGCGUGCGCGCAACUCCCACAUUUAUGACAUUUCUGAAAGGGCAGAAACUCGAUGAAUGGUCAGGUGCCAAUCCUGCACAGCUGCAGGGAAACGUACGAAUGCUCUUCCAAAUGGCACACCCAAGCCAUCCUCACACCCAGCUUCGACUUCCCAGCCUGCAACGACCCAUCACCAAUUUUGUCAUGUACAAGAAGGUACCACCACUAGAGAAGCUCCUACAAAAGCUGCCAGCAGAGUUCAAGGAUACAGCAAGCAUUGCAUCUGUCAUAGAAUUUAUCAAGGCUCGCCAUUCCUCAAACAACAGCACCCCCGCUGCAGAUAUUAGGGUCCCAGAUCUCCACGCUUUUGCAAAUAAUCUACAGUCGAUUUACCCAACACUACCUACCGAGAGCCACUUCGCCGUUGUGGACCUCGUCCGCCUUCUACUCCUCGAUCCCCGCGUGAGCGGCUAUUUCGCCGAAGAGAAGGAGCACGCAACGAUCCUCACUCUCCUCUCACCCCUCUCCGAAGAGGACCUAUCAUCAUGCCCCUACAAUCUUCGCAUCGUUGCACUGCAAUUAGUGUGCAACCUCUUCAGCACCCCUCUGUACCCGGAACAGCUGUGCACCUCGUCCUCGUCCCUCAAAGAGACUUGUCUCCGCCUCGCAACGAAUUCGCUCCUAGACUCACACUCAAACCUGCGCGUUGUAGCGGCAUCUUUUGCCUACAAUCUCGCUGCGUUCAAUCACAAUUCCCGGUUUGACGGAAAGCCCGACCGCCUCUCUGAGGAGGACCAGGUCGAGUUGCUUGCCUCGCUGUUGGAAGCCACUUCGCGCGAAGACCAGAGUCCAGAAGCUUUACAUGGCCUUUUGUUUGCACUUGGAUUAUUUGUCUAUGAGGCUCCGAUGGACGGGACAUUGGUUGAUCUUUGUCGUGCUAUGGGUGCCAGAGAGACUGUUGCUGUUAAAGGAAAGAUAGCGGCCUUGCAGAAGGAGCCUUUGUUGAAGGAGAUUGGAGAUGAACUUUUUGGCAAGGGCUUAUAG